UCAGUUGUCCGCCUGUAAAGCUGUUGUCUGGCUGCAUAGCUUAUUUUAGUUAGACUCGCAUCAGCUUGCUAACAGGAUAGUACGGAUGGCUUCCUCUGCAGGAGGACGGCUGCAGACUUGCCACGAGGAAGUAAGGCUCCCUUUCCUGCGGCGCAGCGUUUAUUUCUCAUUUCACUUCUUUGUUACUGUAAAAGACUCGCUUGGUUAGUCCCUUCUUCAGUGCCUUCUAUGUUGGCCCACUGUGGUGACCAUGGCAGGUUGAAGAAAGGAGCUACUACCAUGCUUUGCCAGGCCUUCAAUUGGUUCGGAAGGCUUUGUAGACUUUCUAGUCUUCUGUUCACCUCUCCCACCAUUGCCUGGCAAAGUGUGGAGGUGCAGCCAAUAUAGGCUUUGCACCACCGGGGCCCUCGGGGUGCCUCGGCAGCAGCAGCAGUAGCAGCGGCGCUGCGCAGCGCAGUUGGCGGCGGUGGCGGCAGCAGCAGCAGCAGCAGCAGCAGCAGCAGCAGCAGCAGCAGCGGCGCGCGUACCUGUCUUCGGAGCACGCAACAGCGGCACCUUGCGCACUUUUUUCAGGAACAGCUGCCCUGCUGUCCCGGAGCGCCCUUUUGCUGCGCUGGGAAGCAGCUGGCUAAGCAGUGGCAGCUGUGGCGAUGCGUGUAGAGCAUGGCAGCGCGACGCGCAAGCGGCGAAAGAACUGGGGAGGGAGCUUUACUUUUGGUGUUUUUGUGUGUUCCUCCUGCAAGGGAAGGGCACCCAGCAUGUGCAAUCUGCUAGACUAAUCUACUUCCUAUUUCUGCUUCUUGCACUUCUCUGCGAAGAUGCUUUUCUCAGCUUUUUUUUUUUUUCUUUCUUUAAGCUUUCUGCAAAAUAGUGAUUGCACGUGGUGAGCAUCAAUGUGAGCUUAGGCAGGCCAUGCUAGGUCAGUGCUAAUGCAGCCACCCACCUAGCAGAAGUGAGAGGUCAGGGCCUCUUGAAAGAACAAGUGGUGCAAAGGAAAGCAAAGGUGAAAGGGGAAGAAACGAGCGGAUGGGCGCGCACAGCGUUCUCCUGCACGCCUCCUCCUGUUUUACCCACAUUUUCAUUUGCACUGUUGUUCUUUCUUUGCAGGUGGGUCAGCUAGCCUGUCGUUUCGCAUCUAUAAUUGUCAGAACAAUGUCUGUAUGUGUAAGAAGCUGAUCAUGCAUCUAGCGAGCCGUUCUCCCUGCUUGGCUAGUGGACAAGCGACACGUUUGGGGUGUAGCGUUGGUAGCUCUGCGAGCGGCCAAGUGGACACUGUAGAACCAUGGGCGGAUUGACAAGGCUACGGCGGCAGCCCUCUCUCCCGAGCAUCCCUGCAGUGGCCUGCUACCUAAAGGCCAUCGAGACUUGUCCAACAUUUGCCGUGGCUUGGAGCAAUCUAGGCUGCGUGUUCAAUGCCCAAGGGGAGAUAUGGCUGGCCAUUCAUCAUUUUGAAAAGGCAGUGGCCUUGGACCCGAAUUUCCUGGACGCUUACAUCAAUCUGGGAAAUGUGCUGAAGGAGGCCCGCAUUUUUGAUCGAGCUGUGGCAGCCUACCUGCGGGCGCUCAACCUCAGUCCCAACAAUGCUGUGGUGCACGGAAACCUGGCUUGCGUUUACUAUGAGCAAGGGCUCAUCGACCUGGCUGUGGACACAUACAGGCGUGCUAUCGACCUGCAGCCAAACUUUCCUGAUGCAUACUGCAAUCUGGCAAAUGCCCUAAAGGAAAAAAGCCAGGUGACAGAGGCAGAAGACUGCUACCAGACAGCGCUUCGUCUGUGCCCCACCCAUGCAGACUCUCUCAACAACCUUGCAAACAUUAAGAGAGAACAAGGAUUUGUAGAGGAAGCCACUCGUCUUUACCUCAAGGCACUUGAGGUGUUCCCGGAGUUCGCAGCGGCGCAUUCGAACCUGGCAAGUGUGUUGCAGCAGCAAGGAAAGCUGACAGAGGCUCUGCUACAUUACCGUGAAGCUAUUCGCAUCUCACCAACAUUUGCUGAUGCUUACUCAAACAUGGGAAAUACCCUCAAGGAAAUGGGUGAUGUUCAGGGUGCCCUUCAGUGUUACUCGCGUGCCAUCCAGAUCAACCCAGCCUUUGCUGAUGCCCACUCCAAUUUGGCAUCCAUUCACAAAGAUUCAGGCAACAUCCCAGAGGCGAUUGCUUCCUACCGCACAGCGCUGAAAUUGAAGCCAGAGUUUCCAGAUGCCUAUUGCAAUUUGGCUCACUGCCUGCAAAUAGUGUGCGACUGGACCGAGUAUGAAGGCCGCAUGAAGAAGCUGGUUGCCAUUGUAGCGGAACAGCUUGAGAAGAACCGCCUCCCUUCUGUACACCCGCACCAUUCCAUGCUGUACCCACUGUCACACGAGUUCCGCAAGGCCAUCGCCGCUCGCCAUGCCAACCUGUGCCUCGAGAAGAUCCAGGUACUGCACAGGGCUCCGUACCAGCACCCGCGGCAGCGGCAGGGAAGGCUCCGCAUCGGCUAUGUCAGCUCGGACUUUGGCAACCACCCCACAUCGCACCUCAUGCAGAGUGUCCCUGGCUUCCAUGACAAGUCACGCGUUGAGGUCUUCUGUUAUGCCCUCAGUCCGGAUGAUGGCACCAGCUUUCGCUCCAAAAUAGCCACCGAGUCUGAGCACUUCAUAGACCUGUCGCAGAUACCCUGCAAUGGGAAGGCAGCUGACCGCAUCCACGCCGAUGGCAUCCACAUCCUGGUCAACAUGAACGGCUACACCAAGGGUGCACGCAACGAAAUAUUUGCGCUUCGACCGGCUCCCGUGCAGGCGAUGUGGCUGGGCUACCCUGGCACCAGCGGAGCUCCCUUCAUGGACUACCUGGUGACAGAUCGUGUCACCUCGCCACCGCACCUAACUAGUCAGUAUUCCGAGAAGCUGGCUUACAUGCCACACACUUUUUUUGUUGGCGACCACCGCCACAUGUUCCCCCAUCUUAUGGAGCGAGCCAUCAUUGACUCUCGCGAGUCUCGGCUCAAGGGCAAUGGUGAGGUGCCAGACAAUGUGUCCAUUGUGAAUGCCACAGACUUGUCGCCUAUUAUCGACAAGGCAGAGGUGAAGAAGAUUCGUGAAGUUGCUGCAGCAGAGCAAGGUGAGCGUGUGGAAGUGGUGAAGACUGUCAUCGAACUGCCGACCACAGUCCAGGCUAUGAUCAGUUCUGGUCAGGUGCAGGCUCAGGUGAAUGGCGUGCUGGUGCACAAUGGCUUGGCGAGCACCCAAGUUAACACUCGAGCGGCUACUGGUGAGGAGGCGCCUCGGGCUAUCCUGGUCACUUGCCGGCAGCAGUAUGGUCUGCCUGAAGAUGCAGUUGUCUACUGCAACUUCAACCAGCUGUACAAGCUGGACCCAGCCACGCUGCGCAUGUGGGUGAACAUUUUGCAGCGCGUACCGAACAGCGUCCUCUGGCUGCUGCGUUUUCCCGCUGUGGGGGAGGCACACGUGCAAGCCUGGGCGCAAGCUGAAGGGCUCACGCAGUCGGGGCGCAUCAUCUUCUCCAACGUGGCUGCCAAGGAAGAGCAUGUGCGUCGUGGGCAAUUGGCGGACGUAUGCCUCGACACGCCGCUCUGCAAUGGCCACACGACAGGAAUGGAUGUGCUGUGGGCUGGCACACCUGUUGUCACCUGGCCAGGGGAGACUCUAGCAUCGCGUGUGGCUGCCUCUCAGCUCCACUGCCUGGGUGUGCCUGAGCUGGUCGCACGGUCACGCCGAGAGUACCAGGACAUCGCUGUGCGGCUAGGAACAGAUCGAGACUACCUCAAAGCCAUUAGAGCGAAGGUGUGGGCAGCCCGUAUGGAGAGUCCCCUGUUCAAUGUGCGCACCUACACAUCAAAUUUGGAGAACCUGUUCCUCAAGAUGUGGGCAAACUAUGAAGAAAACAAGCCACUAGAUCACAUCAUGGAUUGAGGGCAAGCAUCAUUGACGCCCACAAGGCCACCAGCGCAACACACCCUAUGGUGGCACAUUGUGACCAUCACUUCAAAGCAUUGUACAUAUGAACAUUAUGAAGACUGCCUUGCAGACACUUAUUAAUCUUGCUAGGCUUAAGUUGGGAAUAAAAGAGUCGCUGAGAAGUUUCA